GAUCUGAACUUUAUUUAUGCGAAUCUUAGCCUCAUUUGAUAACCUUAGCUUUUCUCUAAUAUAAUGACCAUGGAAGAUACAACAUGGGAGCAGAGACUCCAAGCCUUAACACACAUCCUAACAAACCCGACAACCACACCAACUCUCCACUCUCAAUUCUUCAUUGCCAAACAAAUCCCAUGCUACCUCAAUUGGGACUACCCACCAAUCCUCUGCUCAAAUCCAUCUCUUCUCAAAAAAUGGGAAUUCUCAUUCUUCCUCAAAAGGGUAUUCACAAUGGGUCUUCCUCAAACUUCUUGGAGAUCUAAGUGUCCAUUUCAGCAACCCCCACCAUUGAUUCUUGCUGAGGGUGUUGAGGAAGCACAGUGGGGAAAGGAACAAAGAAAGGCUUAUGUUAGGAAGAGGUUUGCUAGGAAACCACUUGGCACAAAUGUUAAUCCUCUUUUACCUAUUUUAAUACCCAAUUUUUUGCUGUUGUCUCUUAUGAUAUGGAAUCCAUUUUAUUAUCUUGAUUGAUGAUAACUUUCUAUCCUCAAUUUCCA